GCUCUGUGUUGUAGGGAGGUUUGUUUGUGUAUUACGUGUUGAUGUUAUUGUUAUGUUUCCUUGCCUAUUGCGGGCGGCAGGAUGUAAAUAUUUUUAGUUAGUAAAACUGCAAUGUGACUGUAACAACGGAGUAAUGAAUUGUUACAUGAAAUUUUCACCAAGGGAUACAAAGACUGCCAAGAAUGAUCUUUUCAGUAGCAGUGUAAACAGGAUAUGGCAUAUUCGUGUGUGCGAGUAUCAUUUGACAUUGGCCAUGAGGCAUCCAUUCGUGCAAAACGCACACCAGAAGGCUUCACUCAUGAUUGGAAAGUGUUUGUGCGAGGUACAGAUAAUGCUGAGAUACAGCAUUUUGUGGAAAAAGUAGUGUUCCAUUUGCAUGAAACAUUUCCUAAACCUAUCCGUGUUGUGAAAGAACCACCAUUCACUGUCAAGGAAUCUGGCUAUGCAGGUUUUACACUGCCAAUUGAGAUUUAUUUCAAGACCACUGAAGAGCCAAAAAAAUUCCGGUAUGAAUAUGAUCUGCACCUUCAACCAGCAGGUCCUCCCAUCCACAAGGUCUUUACACACCCAUUCACAUUUCCAAAUCCUGGUGAAGAACUGCGAAGGAGGCUUAUAAAGGGUGGUGGUGUAGGUGUAGGGACGGAGCCUGGAUCCCAAUUAGAAAAACUUCCUGCCAGUGGAGGGGACGAACAGUCCUCUGCAGCCCCUUCAUUAGGCAGCAAAUCCAAGCUUGGAUGGGAUGCAACAAAGAAGCACAAGGUUAAAGAUCUGCGUCCCCCUGAGAAGUUUUCCAAUAUUUUUGGAGAUCCUAUUAAACCCAGUUCCAGUAAAGUUUCUCCAGAUGGGACCAAAAAGUCAUCAUCUAGUGCUCCAUCACCCAAAAUAUCACCAAGUUCCAAAACUGUUCCGGGUUCAACAGGUGGAAAACAACUACCACAUCAUUCAAAAUCUGGAAAACAUUCAUCGGAAAGUCGAGGCAGUAAGGAAAAGGAUAAGGAUAAGGACAAGGAAAAGAAAGAAGGAAAAGAUCGGAAAGAUGGUAGCAAAUCCCAUCACACGUCACCAAAAGUUCCUCCACCUUCAUCACCAUCUUCAAAAUCCUCAUCCCACCCUGCUCAAGUUCCUGGUUCUCAAAAGCAGCCCUCUUCCUCAUCAUCAAGUACACCACCAAAAAUACCUGGUGCAGCACCUGCAGCAACAAAAUCAUCCUCUUCAUCUCAUAAGAGUUUAAAAGAUGACACAACUCUAAAAAAGCCGUCAUCUUUAGCAGUAGAAGAAACAAAAUCAAAAUCAGAUGCCAAAUCAGCAACAGAAAGUAACAAAUCAGAAAAGAAAAAGAAGGACAAGAAAAAUCGUGAUGAAAAACCAAAGAAGGAGAAACAUUCCAAUAAACAUGAGUCUGCCAGUAAGGGAAGUAGUGAAAAGUCAUCAACUGAUAAGGUGCAGAAAGAACACAAGGAAAAAGAGGCCACAGAUACAAAGAAGAAGGACAAAGAACAUAUUCCUACCAAAGACCUUGUUAGUAAACCAUCAGGAGAAAAGGAGAAGGAAAGAGAAAAGUCAAAGCACAGUGAAAGUAAUGAUAAGGAGAAAAGGCACAAGCACAAGAAAAAAGAUAAGAGCACAAAAGACAGAGACAGAGAAAAACAAAAAGAGAGAAAAAGUGAAGUAAAAGAACGUGAAAAGACUGAAGUAGUGACACAGAAUCAGCCAGAAACAGCUGUUGAUGUUAUAAAACAGGAUUCUAGCAGUCCCAAACAAGAUUCCAGCAGUCCUUCACCAGAGAACACAUCAUCUAAGACGUGGAACAACAACUACAGUGGAGAAGCUGAGGUCCAGAAUCACACUGCAUCGUCCCAGCCAGCUCCAUCAAAGCGCCCAUUGAAUGCAUUGAUACAAGAAAUGGAGGGCAAUGACUCCUUAUCUGAUCUGUCUGAGGUAGAAGAUGUCUUACCACCACCUCGGCAAGUUGUAGCUGCACCACCACCACCUCCUCCGCCGCCACCUCCACCACCUCCUCCACACCAGAGCUCACCAUCCUCGGGUUCACCAAAACAGAGUUCUCCUGCAGUAACUGACCCUGCUAUUACAGCAAAAUCAGGUUCAAACCGUGCCACAAAGGAGAAGGGUGAGCGCUCUGCUGCAAAAAAAGCAAAAGAUAAGCAACCAAAAGAGGGCAAAGAACGUAAGCGCAAAAGGCAUAGUAGCACAAGUGCUUCAACUGCAGAAGAGACUUCACAACCCCCACCUCCGAAAUUACCAAGACAGGAUUCGCCAGAACCUGAGCCUCGUGUCACACCUGAAGACAAAAUAGUGUCUCCAGAAACACAGUCUAGUGAACGUGUUCUUACAGCGGAGUAUGUCUCUCAACUGCGUGACCUCCAACGAAAGAUAAUGACCCUUGAAGACAAUGCUGAGCUUCAGAAAGUUGUGCAGGUUAUUGCAGAAACAGGCCAGUAUGAGAUAACAAAGAAGACUUUUGAUUUUGAUCUCUGUACAUUGGACCGAAGCACAGUUCGCAAGCUGCAGGAAUUCUUUGCCCCCUCCUGACAGCAGCCAUUCAUG